GCUUUUCUAGUUUUGACUUUCCAGAGGGCUGGGUUUGGUGAUACAGCUGUACGCGGGAGAAAUUUGGCACUCACGUUGAGGCAUAAGAGUCCGUGGUUUUGUGUUGCCGACCCGUCCAUUAAGUGCUAAAAGAACCAGCCACUGUCACUUCUAAGAAUGUCAUCAACAGAAGAAGUCCAUGAACAAGAACAUCACGAUGAAGUUGCAAGUAGUUAUGUUCCUCCACCACCAAAAUCUAUAGGUGAGCUGGUGGCAGCUGAUCAGGAAGAUGAAAGCCUGCGCAAGUACAAGGAAACUCUGCUAGGAAAUGCCAUUGCGGAAAAUAUUGUCAUAGAACCUGGAAAUCCCAAAAAAGUUUUGGUCAAGAAGCUAGUCCUGGUGUCUGAAGGACAGACUGAGAAGACAUUGGACCUUUCUGGUGACCUUUCUCAAUUAAAGCAAACUGUAUUCACGAUCAAAGAAGGCGUGCAGUAUCGAAUUCGCAUCGAGUUCUUCGUUCAGCACGAAAUUGUUACUGGACUCAAGUAUAUCCAAAAGACAUACAGGAAAGGAAUCCAAGUGGACAAAAUGACUCAUAUGGUUGGAAGCUAUGCACCCAAGAAGGAUUUACAAUCCUAUACGACGCCCCUGGAAGAUGCACCCUCUGGUCUACUAUACCGUGGACAUUACACGGUUUCAUCACUAUUCACUGACGACGACCAAAACGAACACCUCAAGUGGGAAUGGUCUUUUGAAAUCAAGAAAGAUUGGAAUUAAGAUGAUUACAGAGGAAACAUGAUUAAUAUGCCUUAUUGUAUCCUGGAGGACUCAAAACUUUUUUUUUGUGAGUUGAGAUUAUACCUCGUUCUUUCCCUAAUCAAAGUAUUGCUCUCGCACAAAAUUUUUCUUACUUCAUCUGUUCUUUUCUGUAUUCCCUUUUAUUCCUUCCUAGUCAUCGUCUAUCACGCGUUUUCCAGGAUUCAAUUUGAAUGCUUCUUCCUUUCAGUAUCUUCUUCCCCAUUCAUUCUCUUUCGAGCCUCAACCAUUCUUACAAUUUUCUUUUUUUUUUUUGAGGGCCUAAGAAUACCGUUUUCAAUAAAUAAGGAUUGUUUCAAUCAA